GUUGUACUUUUGUUCUCUUAGGUAGGAUAACAUUCCCUAAAAAUGUUUUGUGAUAACAUUGUUAGAACACCGUCCACCCUAACAUUCUUAAAAAGCUUUCAGCGGGAAGUUUUAUUUUUGUUCCCGGAAUGUUCUCCUAAAAGGUCGGACAACGUUCUCUAAAAACAUCCUCAGAAUGUUGUGGGAAAAAUUUCUACUUCUGUUAACACAUUAUCAUAUUAUGAGAAUGUUUUAUUAAAAAUAAAAGCAUUUCGUCAUCUCAGGCCUCGAUAACAUCCUCAAAACAUUUCACAAAUGUUGCUUUGAUAAUGUUAUUCCUUUGUUAUUAUGGAACAUUGUGCCAAUGUUGUAUAAAAGAACAUUCUGCAAUCUGUUCCCACGGCAUCCUCAGAAUGUUCAACCUUCGUUAAAACAUCACAUUACAGGAACGUUUUAUAAAAAAAAAAAAAAAAAAAAAAACAUUGUCAUCUCAGCCUCAGUAACAUCCUCAAAACAUUUUACUGUGAGAAUGUUCUUUCUUUGUUCUCAUGUACCAUAAUCUGUGGCCUUGACAACAUCCUCAAUACAUCCUCUGAAUGUUGCAGUCAAAAUGUUUUAUCUUGGUUAUCAUUUAACCUUUAUAGUUUAAAACGUUAAUAGAACUUGUAGGAAGUGUUAGCCAAAGUUGUGAGAAAGUUCCCCACUCUUCAUGGAGCUGGAACAGGUUUGGGCCUUUUGGGUGAAGAACCAUAUGUGGGUGUGAUGGUCAGGGGGGUGCACAUACUUUUGGUCAUAUAGUGUAUGAUAAAGUAGAUUUUCCUUGUUUUAUAAAUAUGAUAUGGCACAAAGCAGUAGGCGGACCCGGUGUGUGUGUGUGUGUGUUGAUGAAGGUGUUUAAGCCAGACUGAUACUGGGGGGAGAGAGAGAGAGAGAGAGGGAGAGAGAGAGAGAGAGAGAUGGGGAUUUUAAACAUCACACAGCAGACCCCGCUAGUCCAGGCGAUAUUCAGCCGAAAUGUAGAAGAGGUGAAGUUUUUAUUGCACAAGAAAGAAGAUGUCAAUGCACUGGACCAAGAUCUUCGUUCCCCUCUGCAUGCUGCUGCUUUUUUGGGUGACGUUCGCAUCAUGGACCUUCUCAUCAAGUCAGGUGCUCGUGUUAACGCUAAGGACCAAGCGGGUCUGACGCCGCUGCAUCGGGCCGCGGCUUCCAGGAACGACAGGGCAGUGGCGUUGCUGCUGAGUCAGGGGUCAGAGGUCGAGUCCAGGAGUCGGUUUGGCACUCAGACGCCGCUUCACGUUGCUGCCUCUAACCGAGCGCUGAGGUGCGCUGAAGCUCUGCUGCCUCUCAUGAGCAGCGUGGAUGUCGCGGAUCGGAACGGAAGAACGGCUCUGCACCACGCAGCCUACAGCGGAGACACAGAGAUGGUGAGGUUGCUUCUGAACAAAGGUGCCGACCCGAGCGCGAGGGAUAAUAAGCAGCGAGAGCCUCUGCACUGGGCCGCUUACUUCGGAUAUUUGGAGAUCGUGAAGCUUUUGCUGUCCUGCAGUGCCGACGUGGCGUGCAGAGAUAAACAGGGUUACACACCUCUCCACGUAGCUGCUAUCAGCGGCCACAUCGACGUCGUCAAGCACCUGCUCCGCCUCGGCGCCGAGAUGGACGAGGUGAAUGCGUUUGGGAACACAUCUCUGCACAUGGCGUGUUAUAACGGUCAGGAGGCUGUGGCUAACGAGCUAGUGAACCGCGGCGCUAACGUUAACCAGGCUAAUGCCAGAGGCUUCACGCCACUUCACCUGGCCGCCGUGUCUACGAACGGAGCGCUGUGUCUCGAGCUGCUCGUCAACAACGGCGCCGAAGUCAACAUGCAGACUAAGGAGGGGACGAGCCCUUUGCACAUGGCCGCCGUUCACGGCCGCUUCACUCGAUCACAAAUCCUUAUUCAAAAUGGUGGGGAUAUAGACUGUGUGGAUAAUUAUGGCAAUACUCCUCUUCACAUUGCUGCUAAGCACGGCCAUGAGCUGCUCAUCAGCACGCUGAUGACUAACGGUGCUGACACGGCCAGACAGGGGAUUCAUGGGAUGUUUCCGCUGCAUUUGGCCGUGCUCUACGGGUUUGCAGACUGCUGUCGAAAGUUGCUCUCCUCAGGCCAGCUGUACAGUAUUGUUUCGUCACUGAGUAAUGAACAAGUCCUGUCUGCGGGGUUCGAUAUAAACAACCCGGACAGUCUGGGGAGGACCUGUUUACACGCUGCUGCGUCGGGAGGAAACGUGGAAUGUCUUAACUUGCUGUUGAGCAGCGGUGCUGACUUGACCAAGGCGGACAUAAUGGGAAGAACUCCGCUGCACUAUGCGGCAGCUAACGGGACAUACCAGUGCACUGUAGCGUUAGUGAGCUCCGGAGCCAAGGUGAACGAGCUCGACCUGAACGGAUGCAGCCCUCUGCACUGCGCUGCUGCCUCACACACUUUCCGCAGAACUGAUGCUGACGAUCAUCAGAGCGACAUUCGAGAUAAAGAGGCUCUGCUAUGUUUGGAGUAUCUGCUGGAUAACGGAGCUGAUCCAGGACUCAGAGACACUAAAGGCUUCAGUCCAGUUCACUAUGCAGCUGCCUACGGCAACAAACACAAUCUGGAACUGCUCUUAGAAAUGUCCUUUAACUGUGUGGGAGACGUGGAGAGCAGUUUCCCCGUCAGCCCUUUGCACUUAGCUGUGUGUAAUGGUCAGUGCGAGGCUGUGCAGCUCCUCUCGGAGACGUUAAUGUGUGUGGAUGUCCGGGAUGGCGCGGGACACACGCCUCUGUACCUGGCUGCUCGGAAAGGCUCUGUGUCUUCUGUGGAGGUUCUUCUGUCGCACGGAGCCUCAUGUUGCAUCCGAGAACACACCGGAAAACGGACACCGCUUCACGUAGCAGCUGCCAGAGGACACACUGACUGUUUGUACGCGCUGUUGAGCCGAGCGGACAGAGAUGACCUCAUCGACCUCACAGACAGACAGGGACAGACGGCUCUGAUCUUGGCUACGCUGGGCGGUCACGUCGACUGCGUCCACAUGCUACUCGAGAGAGGAAGUAAACCCGACACAGGGGACAGACGCAGUCGCACUGCACUACACAGAGCGGCGGUGCUGGGCAGCUUGGAGUGUGCGUCGGCAUUGUUAGAUCACUCGGCCUCCCCGCUGUGUCGGGACGUUCGGGGGCGGAGCUCUCUGCACUUUGCUGCCUCGUGUGGUCACACCAAGCUCCUGCAGCUCCUCCUCAUCGCCGCGGCUCAGACCGACCCUCUGGACUCUUUACUGGACUACAGCAGAUACACACCUGCUCACUGGGCUGCUUACCAUGGGCACAAGGACUGUUUGGAAAUUUUACUUGAAUAUAAACCAUUAAGUAUCCAGGAAGGGAAUUCCUUCACCCCUCUGCACUGUGCACUAAUGAAAGGCCACGAUGCUGCUGCUGAGCUGCUGGUAAAAACAAUGGGCACCGAAAUCAUCAACCUCAGAGACGCCAAAGGAAGAACUCCACUGCAUGCAGCUGCUUAUUCAGAGAAAGUGUCCGGGUUGCAGCUGGCUCUUUUCUGGGGGUCAGAGGUCAACUUGGUGGAUUAUGAAGGACGUUCGGCUCUGAUGGUGGCUGCUGAGAACGGCCAAAUGUCUGCUGUUGAAGUCCUCCUUCAGCAGGCCAAAGCAGAUCUGUCACUCCUGGACAUCAACAACAACACAGCACUGCACCUGGCCUGCAGCAGAAGUCAUGAGAUGUGUGCGCUGCUGAUUCUGGCUGAGAUCGACGAUCCUUCCCUCAUCAACGCUACAAACAGUGCACUACAGAUGCCGCUCCACCUUGCGGCGCGGAACGGUCUGGCCACCGUGGUUGAGGUGCUCCUUAGUCGAGGUGCUACUGUACUGGCUGUAGAUGAAGAAGGUUGCACUCCGGCGUUGGCGUGCGCGCCGAACAAAGACGUGGCCGAGUGUCUGGCGCUGAUCCUCUCCACCAUGAAGCCUUUUCCUAUUAAAGAUGCCGGCAUCAGCGUGUUAAAGCACUGCAGCAUCGCUGCCAACCAUCAUCCUUUACCAAACGGCUACGCCAAGGAGCGCCAUGGCACCGUAGGGCUUGACAGCUGAGACACACACACACACACACACACGCCUUUCUCACACCUCUAUACCAUCUAUAUAACCUACAGCCAUGUUACAAAGCCAGGAAUGUACCACUGUAUGUGUGGGGGUGGGGGGAGUAUUUUUCAGUGAACAGACCUGUGCAUAUGCAAAUAUUUGCUCCUUUUCACCUCAGCACCAUGAAGACAGCAUUUAAUUUGAUCGUUUUUUAAAUUUAUUUAUUUAGAUCAUGGGAAGGAUGCAAGAAUCUGUGUCUUCUCUGUUGAGAUAUUAUUUUUUUUUUACCUGAGAUGGUAGAAUGAAGAUCGUCUACACAUUUCUACAAACACAAUUCUAAAGUCGCAGCCAUGACUGGGUGUCUCUCCGUUACGUCAUCUGCAUCACAUCAGACCUUCACCUUGAAUAUUUUAUUCGAAUAAAAUAAAAUAAAAAAAACAAAACAAAACGAAACAAGACAAAAGUCUGGUGUGAGGUCUGGCAAACAAUUUGAGAGACCAUAGCUCCACCCUCUCAUUUGCUAUUGGCUCGCGCAUCCAACAUUUACAUAUUAAAGGAUUUAGAUUAUUAAUCUUGACGUAAAGCAAACUCACAUUUUCUCCAGGGAUAAUUUAUUCCGUUCGAUGUCUGAUUGAAAUGCUGAUAACUGCGACUUCAGAAGAUUAAUGACUUUAAUUUGUUUAUUUUUUUAUUUCCUGAAUAUCUCUUAACAUUUUAGUGAAGUCCAGUGCCUCUGCUAAUGACGAGUGUGUCCUUACUGUCCGUUACACACUUUUCUUUUUUUUUUUACUCUCGUUAAUUUAAAUGUUAAUCUCCUGCAAUUCUCCUAAUGAAAUGAGAGGAAAACAUCAACACACACACACGCACACACACGCACACACACUCUCUCUCUGUGCAUCAGGUUCAAAUGGCCUCAUUCUUUAUUUAUUUACUUGUUAAUGCCUUGGUUUGCACUUUUAUUUUCCUCCAGAAGAUACCUGAAGUGUUUGUAAAGUAGGGCUGGCCCGAACAGCAUUUUACAGGAUUCGUGCUCACAAAGUUAAAAAAAUAUAUAUUUAUGUGUUUAUAUAAUGAGAUAAUUAUGUUCGUGUCUGCAGUUCAACAUAUAUCCAAUAGGGGGCGUAUACGAUGUAUUAAUAGUGUGUAUAUAAAUACAGUACGUGUGACAGCACAAAUGAACUGAAGUCACACCGGGAGAUGUUUUUUUUAUUAUUAUUAAUUUAUUUAUUUAUAUUAUUGCACAAACAUCAAUAACGUGAUCAUAAACAAAUAAUAAGUGAGACGCUGCGUCCGACGGUGCGAUAUAUAAAGCUGUUGUUUGGCUAAAAUCAUAUCAACAAACACUUGUUUACUUUCAGCGAACUUUAUGCCUACGAGAGUCGUACAGUUUCAGUAGCUGUCCAACAGAGACAGUUUUUCUCCCUACGGCGUUUUUAAGCGAUAAUACAUUGGAUUUGGUUUUUAAAAAAUACUAUUAUAUGACUUAUUUGCUUGUAUUAGAUUAUCUGAGAUUCAGGGAUACGUAUCAACACGCUCGUGUUUAAUGUCUUUGGUCAUUAGUUACGGUUAUAUUUCUAAGUAGCGCUAAAUAGACGAACGAAUACCUGUAAAAGCGUCAUGAGCGAAUACCAGAGUGUUGGACUAUUCGGGCCAGCCCCGGUGUGAAGGUUUUCAGUCACUCGUGACUUUCUGUCAAAUACGAGACACUACGUGGUUUUUGUGUUUCAGGAUCGCUGCUAUAAUUACGCUGCCUUUGUCGAUUUCUCUUUGUUUUUGUUUAUUGUUUUGUUUUGAUCUUGUUUGUUUACGAGCAAUAAUCAUCCAAGCGAUUGCACAUUACCUCGUAACAGCUUUUCUGAAUACUGGCACAGAAAAACUGGAAUAUUUGCACAGAGGACGGAGAAAACGUUUGCACACGGCGGCAGUCAAGUGUAUGUAAAAAUAAGACAAAUCGUAGAAUUCAUAAAGUGUGCACGUUCCGGUUAUAGAACAGAAGUGGUAACAAGAAAAUAUAUAUUUUUUUAAACACCUGAGGGGAUGACUCCAUGCUGACGGUAUAAAUGAUAACUGUUCUACGUUCUUCAGAGGAACAAGCUUUAAAGGGAUUUAUCAUCCUAGAUUAACAUCAUCUGCAAACAAAGAUGCUUAUAAAGUAAAAUCUGCCUUUUAGCCUUGAAAUUCCUGUAUGCACUAUUGCAUUGCAUUACACCACCUACACACAACAGUGUGUGUUUAGAAAGAAAAAAAACCACUCACUCCAAGGCUUGGACCAUGACCCUCACACACACACAUAUACUUGCCCACUGAACCAAUUGAGCAGACAGUAGAGAAAGCCUGUUUUGCUGACGUUUAUUUAUCCGUGUGACCUUCCACUCCCAGGUCACUGCUGAUUUACACCUGUAAAUAUAUAGACGUUUAAAUAUACCAGUGCUACGGCAGCAGUGGUGGUGUCGUGGGGUGUGUUGUCAUCAUUUGUGUGGGUCAAACCCCCAAAAAAGCCAGGUUUCUUUACUGCAAGUCUUAAAUCACACGCAGAGACAUCAGCAUGAAUAAAGCGUGUGGCUUAUUUCAUUAUUUGUUAAAUUCACACACACUUUUUUAUUUUAUUUUAUUUGGAAGGAAGUUACCUGGGUAGGCAGCAUAAAGAUAACGUUUUUUGUUUUUUAGUUUCUUAAACAAGGAAGUCCAACAAUUCUGAACCCGAUGGCUUGGAUUCAUUACAGCCCGGUCGAUGUGCGUUAAGGCCUGAACAUUGUCGCUCAUACACACUUUAAGGAGUCAAACACAUCAUUAAGUGCAUGCACAAUAUGUUUAAAAUAAUCUGAUAAUCUAAUUCACAUGGAAUAAAAUCUAUCGAUCAGCGUGAUAUAGCUAACAUGAUUGAAAUAUAGUUAUUAUUUUGGACAACACUGGAGACUGUGCGUGUGUGCAAACGUUUAACGGUUUCAACAAUGGACAAUACACAAGCGAGUUGUGAAAAUACCAUAUUGAAAAUGUUUACGUUUCAAGUUGUACGUUUACGUGCAAUAACACACAUAUUUAUAUAAAUACCUCAUAAAGGUAGCAAAGCCAGUGUGUGUGUGUGUGUGUGUGUGUGUGUAUUUGUCAUCAUGUAGAACUUGAAUGUGUGUAUAUGUGUACACAAACAUAUAUCUUAACACCAGGAGUCUCACAUAUAUUCCUGAACGAUGGAUUCCCAGCAGCACGGAAACUCUGAGAUUUACGCUAAACGUCACGGCGGAAUAUUUCACUCAGCUGGUCUAAAGACGAUAAACAAAUACGAUGUGUUACGAUUAAAGUGUUCCACCAAAUUUCAAACAAGCACGAGAACCAUGUUGAUUUAAGCAUAUUUUUUUUUUUUUACAUUUUAUUGAAAAUUAUCAGCCAAGUAGUGUUCUUUAGAUCAUUUGCCUUGCAUUAUUUAGCUGUUCUGUAUUUUUUUUUUUUUGCCUUAAAUGAAGUAUUUUAAUCGAAUCUUCGACAAUCUGUAUUUAAAGGGCUUUUAAUAUGAACGUUACAAGUUUGUGUUCACGUAUUUGAGUGUGCGUGUGCUUUGGUGUUUUUUCCUCUCAUUACAGUACGAAUGAAUGCUCCUACAACAUACUACACUCAUUUAAAUACUCAAGGGCUUCUCAGAAACCGACGCCAUGUUUUCUUUAUCUGUGUUUCAAAAACACACACUGUGUUCUAUACACUACACUUUGGAGUCUAAAUCAAACUGAAGUUUUGCACUAAAUGGGAAAAUAAUUUUUUUUUUGGAAUUCAGAACAGAAGGAAAGCACAUUUUAGUAAAAGAUUAAAACAUCAGCUGAACAAGAUACUAGACGCUAGCUAACUGUAGCUACUAGCUAGCUAGACAGUAACUUUUCCCAUUUCAACAAAUUCAAUUCAUUUUUUAAUCAUUAAUUUUUUUCCAAUCUGUUCGUCCUCAUCUGCUUUCUGUUGUUUGGGUUUUUCCACCUGGAAAGAUACGAGCGCUUCAUGAGCGCUGCUUCUUCGUGAUUCUUGGAAAUGAGUUAACUAAUCUAGCUGCCUAAAUUGAAUUUCAAUUCUUUCCACACCACUAGGGGGCAUGGUUAUAGCAAAACACAGCCCAUUGAUGAAAAAAACUAGAACCCCCCCCCCCCCCCCAGGAUGCUCUGCUGGCUCUGCCCCUUUCCCCGCUACCUAAAGGUACACAAUAAAAGCAUUCAGCCUUCUAAGCUUUAUUUAUCGGCGUGUUUUAAUAGUAUUGUGUAAUACUUUCUACAAUACACGCUACUGCACUAUUUUUUACUCCUUUAUAUUCAGCUCAUUAUACCUCAACUUCACACACACCAAGGAAAAAAUAAUCAGUACUUAUAUGGUAGCUAAUGCGUCGAUGCUCUGUAGAACGCUAACACGGCACAGGACGAAACGAGCGGGCGUGUUAAACAGUUAAAUAAAGUUCAAAGCUGCUGUAUCGUCUAUAAAUAUCACCGUGUCAUGUUUUUUUUUAAUGUAUUUGUUUUUUGUUUCUUUUGCUUUAAGCAGAAUUUAUUUUUGUGUGUGUGUAUAAUUAUCCAAAAGAUCAUUUUAAGGCAUAUUUUGAGCAUUUGUAAUUAACACCUAUGUUGAAAGUUGGUGAUGGAGUGGGGAUGGGUGAAAUGGGUAAAAAUACUACACCAUUUUGUCCAGAAGUUUUAUAAUUUUAAAUAUUUCAUGAACUGUCUAAUUACUGCUUACAGUAAAUAAAAGAUUUAUAAAAUCACAGACACCUGAUGAGGACGAGGACGAUUCAAGUGUAUCAUGAUGAUACUGUUUCACAUUAUCGUGAAAUCGUAUCAUCGUAUCGCCUGGCCCCGAACGUUUACUCCGGCAAAUCGUUUGAAAAUGAGAACGUUGAUUUGAUUUGACGGCCAUUUAUUUAUUUAUUUAUUUAUUCUGGUGCACUUUUUUCGAAAGAAAAAAAGAGUUACUUGUAGGGCCGGGCGAUACAUUGGUAUAACAUCGAUAUCGUGAUAAAUGAUUACGCAAUACACUUUUCUGAGAUAUCGUCGGUACGGUGAUGUAUUUUUUAAAGUUUGUAACAGUAAACGGUACUGAACGGAUGUCGCAGGUAUUACGUUUUUUAUUUUUUUUAUUUUUUACACGUAAUAUUUGUCUUUAUACGCAUUAAAGUAUCGUCAAACUCAGUUUAGCAUUUUUUGGUUUAUUAUAUUGCUGUUUUGCAGACAGUUUGUUAGCUAAAUUAUAUAUCAUGAUAUGCAUGGUAUAUCGUAGAAAUUUCCUGGAGUAGUCUACCAACUCAUGACUGAUGGUGGAUUUUAGUUUAAUCGAUGGGUUGUGGUUGUUUAACGUGGCCUCAAAUUCCUUGAACUCAUCUUCGGAGUAAGUCCAUACUCCCCAGAUAGCAUCUAGAUAUCUAAAAUAGUGAAGGGGCUGUUUGGGGCAUCCGGCUAAGGCUGAAGCCUCCCAUUCUGCAAUAAAAUUGUUGGCGUAGGCUGGGGAAAACUUCUUGCCCAGUGCCGUGCCUUUGAUUUGUAGAAAAAAUUCCCCGUUAAACUCAAAAUUGUUUCUGUUUAAAUGUAUCUGUAAAAGUUGGAUGAGCUCUUUAUCUGGCCUGGAGGCAUCAGGGUUUUUUUCAAAAAUGUUUUUGAUCGCCUGUAUUCCCUCUUGGAUGUCGAUGUUUAUGUAUAGGCUAUCUAUAGCCAUGGUGAAGAGGAUGGCCUUUUGUGGAAUUUUCAGUCCUUUCACCUUAUGCACAAAAUCGUACGUGUCCCUAAUAUAGCUAGGGUGGCCACUCGACAGGGGAUUCAUGUAGAAAUCUAAGAAUUCGGCUGUAUAGUAUGUUUCGCUGCCGCAAUCAGAUACUAUAGGCCUUCCUGGGGGAAUUUCAUAGGGUUUGCUCCAUUUUGCUUGGUCUUUGUGUAUUUUAGGGAGCAUGUAGAACCUCCUGCUUCUCGGUUCGGCGUUCCCCAGCAGGUAGGAUUUUUGUUUUGUGUUAAUAUAUUUUUUCCCAUACAGGAUUUGGGCUAUGUCUUUGACCAUGGGUAUAGUGUCUAAGUAGAUAGGUUUGUCCAAUUUUCUCUAAUAUUUGGGGUCGUUCAAUUGUUUGGAUCCCUCCCAUAAAUAUUGUUCCUGGUCCAAUAUUACGAUUGAACUCCCUUUGUCUGCAGGUUUCAUGACAAUCUGUUUAUUGUCCUGUAGAUGUUUAAGAGCGUCAGUUUCCUCAAGGGUAAGGUUUGGCUCUUCCUGGGACAGUUUAAAACAUUUGUAACCCUCUUACCCCGUAUGGCCGAAAAACCGGCUUGCCCGUCUUUGAUCUAUUCCCGUAAGGAUGAUAUACCAUGCCAAAUACCCGUAAGGCCGAUAUAGCGGCUUUACAGUGUAAACGUUAUCCCCGUAAGGCCGGUGUACCGGCAUUACUCUGCUAUGAUUCCUUACUUAUUUAAUUAUUAUUUUUUAACCCGGAAGGUUGAUGACGUCAUGACGUCACGACGUGAUUACGUUAUUACGCCGGCAUUACGAUGAAGAUCCAAGCGUGAAUAUUGGUGUAAUAGUAGAAGUGAACUAAAAAUGCCAAAGCGAAAAGCUAAUCGUGUUCCAGCUAAAGUUACACCUACAGUGAACACAGGUACAUCUAAAACAGUGAAAAAAAAAGAAAACCUACACAGUUACACAGGCGAGAGCGAGGAUUCUAGAUAGUGACAGCAGUGAAAGUUCAGGCGAUGUUGAAACCGAAACCGAAACUGAUAGAGACGCAAACUCCUGAUUCAGACCCUGAUCCGUCUUCAUCUUCAGCAUCAACCAGUGCGACUGACACUGCAGGGGUCUGGAGUCAUAACGGGAGCAUUUCUGUGCAUUCGUGAAAACACUACCUGCUGGUCUGAUUAUCACCAGAAACUUGACUUUUGGCGCUAAAAUGCAUCUAUUUAUUUAUUUAUUAUUUACUUGAAUUUAUUCAAAGGUAUUGACCACACUGAUGCUCGUAUGGUACUUCUAAAUGAGUAUAAGGAUUUUAGCGAGCAUUUUUCGUCAUUUCUCUAGUUAAGAAUUGUGCUCUAAGUGGAGUAAAAACACUGAACUGCUUCAUUUUCAAAGUAAUAUUACACAAAUACAUUAUUAUAAGUUGUUGCAAGGCCUAAAAAUGUUAAAAUUAAAAUGGGGCCAAUUUUGGCCUGGGAACUCAGGGUUGGCAUGCUGUUUCUCUGGGGAAUAUAGGGUUGUGGGACAUAAUACUGUGGGAACUAAGGGGUAAGAGGGUUAAAAACGUUUUAGAUCCGUUUCAAAUAAUGUGCGUUCUGUGGGUAGUUUGUCUGCAGGAGUGGUCCAUUCAGAUUUGGGUGUGAAUGGAGGGGGAUUUGAAUCUGUGUCGUUUUGGAAAUAAGCUGCCAAUUUGAGUCUCCUGUGGUACUGUUGUAGGUCGAAUCCUGUUUGUAUUUCGUGUUGUUUUCUGCCCGUUCUGCCCGAUGGAAUAAAUGUCAGACCCUUGUCGAGCAGGCUUUUUGUCCUAUCGCCCAGCCCCUAGUUACUUUGUGGAUUUUGUUGCUUGUUAGUGUGAAUGCAGGGACGGAUUUAAAUAACUCUAGUUCUCUUAGACGUGGAAGUUGGCAUCAGGCCUUUAAUAUGGCCGGCGUCUUAGUAAAACCGAUCAACAAUCCAUGUAGCAACCUUAAACUGUUAGAGAUACGUGUUACUGAGUGAUGUUUCGUGUUAUCAAGUUCGCACACAGCUACAUGUCGAUAAUCACGGUACUCUGUUAAAUCCUAGUCAGAUUUGAGAUCCUCUAAAAAGGAUUUUAGAGAGUUCAGCGAGUUGCAGAAGUUGUUUUUCCACCCGGUGAUACAAGUUAUUAUUUCGUGUUAGGUAAGAUCAGCAGACGUCGGUCGUUCUACUGAAAGACGUUGGAUUUGGAUCUGUCGCGGCUCCUUUGCUCGCUCCUCCUGAUUCCCAUUUAAAAAAGAUUUUUUUUUAAUUUGGAAAUUGCCUAAUUUUAUCUAACAAACAAUAAAGUCAGGUCCUGGUGUAAUUCUUUAGGUUUCACAAGCAGUAUAUCGUUAUAGUCCAACAUCGGUGAUAAAAACACAAAUAUUACGAAGCUGAGGAACAAAUAAUGAUGUAAAUACUGAAAAGGGGGGGGAUUAGUGACAUCUGUAAGACUGUUUUCACACUCAACCACAGACUGACGUUAUUUAUAAGAGUCCUACAAUAAUACAGAAAAGUGCUGAAUGGCGUCAAAUGUUCGACGUCCUGACCAAUCAGGUCACAGUUUAGAGGCGAGUGUUAGGAGCUGCUUCCUUCUUUCCCAUAUCAGUAAAAAAAAUGUAAAUAAAUUUCUCCCCAAUUCCUAAAGCAGUUAUUUAUUAACGUGUGCUUUUUUUCUUUCUAUCUUUAACAUGUCAAUACAUGUGCGUGUGCUGAAUUAUUCAAAGAGGUCAGAGAGAAGACAGAUCUUAACCGUGUUUUUAUAACUGCGUUUGUGUGAAUGAAUAACAGGAGUUUCACGGAUGCAGUAGUACAGUGUAGUCUGAGGCAUGGUUGUACGGUGUACACGUGACCUUGCACUGCCUUUAACGAGUUGCCAAGAAAAAAAAAAACACAGCAAAGUUGUAGUGACGGAUUAAAAAGCAGAAGGUGGGUGGAUUUGUAAAUGUCUGGACGUCUCCACCGAGCCACAUCAUACGGAAACGUCAAAAGUGUGUGCCACACUUUCUGAAACUGGCUGAAAUUUGCACUAAAACAGGAAGUUGCGUGAUUAAUAAAAUAAUGUCUCAUUAUUGAGAUGUGUAUUUCUGGUCGCUUUGUUGUUUUUCCUCUUUGCACGGUGGGACAUGUUUAGACGUCAAGCUCAGGAUUUUUCUCUCUUUAUUUGUAAUUAUUCCUGGUGUAGUGUAAUAGCGUAAAGUAAUAACGUAGGCAUGUGUCGAUAAUUAGUUAAUACGGUUUGUGUGAAUAUCGAUGAGGGAAAAAAGAGCAAAUGAAUUCAGCAGACUUUUUAUGUCUAUUCAAUAUCAAUAGGAAACCCAUAUACAGUAUGACCGUUGCUAUGGCAACAUCUCAGAGGGCGUAAUUCAUGCUGCCUGUUUUUACAAAUAUUUACCCCACUGCUUUCAUCUGUGGAGCUGGAGGCGGGGCUAUACUGAGCUCUGUUUCUGAUUGGUGUGUCGGUUUUCAAAGCGCUCCACCACUCACAGAGCUUCCGGAUCGGUGUCAUUAAUUAAUUAACCAAUUACUGAAAUAAGUUAAAAAAUUCAGCAAGAAAAGACAUUGUGCUACAUGAAUCAGGAUACAACACAUCUGCGUUUUUGCUAAGCACACAAGCACGUAAAUAGAGACGGUUAUUUAUUUCAGCAGCUACUUCAGUGUUUCAUGUCAGAAUCAUUAUUUCAAAGACAGGAAGAAACACAGCUCCCCUGUUUAUUUUUUUAAAUAUAGUAAACAGUUUGAAAUACUUUGAAAUAGAUACUUUGACAUAGAAAGUUUACAAAUGAAAACAUGUCCCUUAAAUACUUUAUUUCUGAAGGAUAAACUGUCAGGACUGGAUUUUGUAAGUUAUUUUGGGAAAAAUCCCACAUUUACCUCUAUGGACAUUUUGUGUCCCGCUUUACUUGAAGAGUUAGUUUAAGGCAAUAAAAAUGUCUUGUUUUGUAUUUUGGAUCAAAUUUAUUUGUAAUUUGCCUUAGAAGUAAAAAACGUAGAUGCAAAUAUCGACUGAGAAGCUGAAAGCAGCCAAUUGUAAGGCUCGGUACCACCCCCAAAGGAGCAUAGCCAAUCAUAAGAUAAAUAAAGACGUGUUCUAGCAUCAGAUUAUUUUGCUGCACUUUCACACUUAGUCCAUUAUCGAGUCUAAAUCAGAACUAAACUGAUUUUUUAUUGGUUUAGUGUAGGACUGAAAACGUCCUCAUAAAUCUCUUCCAUUUUUUGUUCAGAAGUACAGCAAUAGAAAAAAUAUAAACAAACCUUUACAAAUGAAGUGCAUGUAGAACUCACAAAACUCACCCGAGCACGGAGAACACGGAGCCUGAGCUUAAAUAAACAAUGAGAUAAUUACGUAAAUAAUGAGUUUCAAACACUUUGUGUGUCACAUCCGCAGUGUUUAUUGUCUCUGCUUUGUUCGUAACUCCAAAUCUCCAGGAGGAGAACACACCAGGGUUCUGUUGAAACUCACUUCACAUUGACUCACUUCACACUGACUCACUACACAAUCACUUCACACUGACUCACUACACAAUCACCUCACACUGACUCAUUACACACUCACUUCACACUGACUCACUACACACUCACUUCACACUGACUCACUACACACUCACUUCACACUGACUCACUACUCAAUCACUUCACACUGACUCACUACAUAAUCACUUCACACUGACUCACUUCACAAUCACUUUACAGACUCACUUCACAAUGACUCACUACACAAUUACUUCACACUGACUCACUUCACAAUCACUUUACACUGACUCACUUCACAAUCACUUUACAGACUCACUUCACAAUGACUCACUACACAAUUACUUCACACUGACUCACUUCACAAUCACUUUACACUGACUCACUUCACAAUCACUUUACAGACUCACUUCACAAUGACUCACUACACAAUUACUUCACACUGACUCACUUCACAAUCACUUUACACUGACUCACUACACAAUCACUUUACAGACUCACUUCACAAUGACUCACUACACAAUUACUUCACACUGACUCACUUCACAAUCACUUUACACUGACUCACUUCACAAUGACUCACUACACAAUCACUUCACACUGACUCCCUUUACACUGACUCAUUUCACACUCACUUUACACAGACUCACUUUACACCGAGUCACUUCGCGCUCACUUUAUUCUGAACGAUAAAAUCGGACUUAGACUUCUGGUGAUGUCUUGUUUAUCUAGUUGGAAAAACGUAUUUUAAAUGUAGGCUGUAAUUUUACACAUCAGCCUCACACACACACACACACACACACACACACACACACACACACACAGAGCCAUCCUUCAGCUCAUUCAUGAAACUUGUUGUUGAUUUGUGUGUGCUGAUCGCAGGAACCAAGAUGUGUUUGGAAAGUGUGAUAUAAAUGAAAUAACUCUGUUAUUAACCUGCAGACUUCUUUUUUUUUUUAACCACAGCGUUAAUGUUUGUUUUUAUACCGUCUGAUGCAGACGAUGACUUUUUUCUGUGGCUUGGAACUGAUUUAAAUAAACAGCGGAUGCUUAAUCCACGUGAAGUCCUUGUGGUUUGUUCUCAUCACUUCACCGUAUUUAUACAUUUUGGAUUGUAAAUGUCUGAUCAGUAUGGGUUAUGAUAUAAUUCUCUUUUUGGUAAAUAUUCUGUACAGUGGGUUUUUUUUUUUUAUAAUGAAUCCUGUCCAGUGAACACACUGAACAUGUGACAGGAGAAUGUUAUUGCAUCACAAAAUACAAGAGCCAAUCACAAAGCCAGUAUGCAAAUAUGUCACACACUAUCAGGUGUACUUCUACAAUUUGCAUAUUAAUAUAAUCUGGAUUUCUCAAAGAUGGAAACAUAAUGUAAAAAAAAUAUAUUAUUCAAUAUAAAAAGUUAUGAUUACAUUUCAGGUGACAACUGUCUGUCAAAAAUGUAUAAUUCAUCUACUUAGUUUUUAGGUUUUAAUCCAUGACACCAGCUUUUAAGUAUUAUUAUUUUGUUCGAAUACAUUAACUGUUUGUAUCAAGUCAUAAUUUCACACACGUAACUUCCAUUUAUAUAACACACAAG